UGGGGCGCCUCCACCUCCUCUUCCUAAAGCGGCGAGGAGCAGACGAGCGGCAUCACUCGAGCCCAGGUCCCGGCCACCGCCACACACGGCGCCCAGCGUUCAGUAGGAGGAGCAGCAGCUGAGGCGGCUGCCACAGCGGCGGGCGGGCGCCAGAAAGGCCCCGGUCGAAAAGCCUGGGAGGGCCGCCGACCUACCCCCGGAGGAGGAGCCAGUCGGAGCCCAAGGCGCCACCGCCGCCGAAGCCGCGCGGAGCAGCUUUCGCCUUCAUGGCCCACUCACCGGUGGCGGUCCAAGUGCCCGGGAUGCAGAAUAAUAUAGCCGAUCCAGAAGAACUGUUCACAAAAUUAGAACGCAUUGGAAAAGGCUCCUUUGGAGAAGUUUUCAAAGGUAUUGAUAACCGUACCCAGCAAGUGGUUGCUAUUAAAAUCAUAGACCUCGAGGAAGCCGAAGAUGAAAUUGAAGACAUUCAGCAAGAAAUAACUGUUUUGAGUCAGUGUGACAGCUCAUAUGUAACAAAAUACUAUGGAUCAUAUUUAAAGGGUUCAAAAUUAUGGAUAAUAAUGGAAUACCUGGGUGGCGGUUCAGCACUGGAUCUUCUGAGAGCUGGUCCAUUUGAUGAGUUCCAGAUCGCUACCAUGCUAAAGGAAAUUUUGAAAGGUCUGGACUACCUGCAUUCAGAAAAGAAAAUUCACCGAGACAUAAAAGCUGCCAAUGUCUUGCUCUCAGAACAAGGAGAUGUGAAACUUGCUGACUUUGGAGUUGCUGGCCAACUGACAGAUACACAAAUUAAAAGAAAUACCUUUGUGGGAACACCAUUUUGGAUGGCUCCUGAAGUUAUCCAGCAGUCAGCUUAUGACUCAAAAGCUGACAUUUGGUCACUGGGAAUUACUGCUAUUGAACUAGCCAAGGGAGAGCCACCUAACUCGGAUAUGCAUCCUAUGAGAGUUCUGUUUCUUAUUCCAAAAAACAAUCCUCCAACUCUUGUCGGAGACUUUACUAAAUCCUUUAAGGAGUUUAUUGAUGCUUGCCUGAACAAAGACCCAUCAUUUCGUCCUACAGCUAAAGAACUCCUGAAACAUAAAUUCAUUGUAAAAAAUUCAAAGAAGACUUCUUAUCUGACUGAACUGAUAGAUCGAUUUAAGAGAUGGAAGGCAGAAGGACACAGUGAUGACGAAUCUGAUUCUGAGGGCUCUGAUUCGGAAUCCACCAGCAGGGAAAAUAACACGCAUCCUGAAUGGAGCUUUACCACCGUGCGAAAGAAGCCUGAUCCAAAGAAACUACAGAAUGGGGCAGAGCAAGAUCUUGUACAAACCCUGAGCUGUUUGUCUAUGAUAAUCACACCUGCGUUUGCUGAACUUAAACAGCAGGAUGAGAAUAAUGCUAGCAGGAAUCAGGCAAUCGAAGAACUGGAGAAAAGUAUUGCUGUGGCUGAAGCUGCCUGUCCUGGCAUCACAGAUAAAAUGGUGAAGAAAUUAAUUGAAAAAUUUCAAAAGUGUUCAGCAGAUGAAUCCCCCUAAGAAACUUCUUGUUAGUGGCUUCUAUUUCAUAUGGACCCAGAGAAACCCACCAAAGCUACUUCAAGCUUAACAAUGCUUAACUCAUGAGCUCCACGUGCCUUUUGGAUCUUUGCGACAUUGAAGAUUUGGAAGAAGCUAUUCAACUAUUUUGUGAUGGUGUUUAUCAUUUUAUAUUUUAAAGAGAUUAUUUUGUAAGGAAUAACUUUUAAUACUAUAGUUUCACCUGUAUUCUAGUAAAUGUUGAGAUACAGUUUUGCUUUUAGGUAUCAUUAUUACUUAAGUUACUAGGAUGAAUACCUUUCAUGUUUUGAUCUUUAGUUAACUGUACACUCAUGAAACAUACAGGUCUUUUAAAGUCAUCCUAAAUAUUCAACUUUUGUAAUCAUCAAGCCUCAAAAAGCUUUUUUUUUUUUUUUUUAAAACACAAGCAUAUUCUAAAAAUGACUACUGGUGGGGAGGCGGAAACAAGUCACACGUUCUUAAAGCAGAAGUUUUUAAUAAGCUCUUAGAAAUGAAACCUGGAAAACUAUUGACUCUUCUCCCAAGUGGGUAUGAUAUUCCAGGCAGCUCAAUGAUGAUCACAUUUGAGAGCCCUGCGUUUGAAACAUUUAGAGGCAACAUGUAGCAACAGAGGUACCUCUUGGUGUGCAGUAUUUACUUUCUCUUAUAGAAGAGACAAUUGACCCUUAUUUAACAUGGUUGGAAAGUUAAAGCAAUACUAAUUAGCCAAGGAUGGAUUUUUGGUAAUACCGGAAGAAUUAGUCAGGAUUCAUUUUUAAAAUCAACUCAAAUCGCAUAUUAUAUGCUUGGAUUUGGGGAGCUUAAAAGAAGCUGAUUAUCAUGUGAUUAUAAAUACCUGAUCAACAGGUAUGAAUAUAAUUUACACCAGCAUAUUUUUGUCAUGGUCAUAAAAUGUCCUAUAAACUAUUUAUACAUUUUUUUCCUCAUAACUAUCCAAUACAUAAACAUCAUUUGUUCAUUUUUGAAAGGGUAUUUAAAUAAGCAUUUUCUAGUUCAUAUGAAAAUAACCAUAGUACAGGAUGAUUUCUGUCCGUACAAAGGUAAGUUAGACUGUACAGUUAAUUUUCAGUUAUAUUUAUGGUACUGUUACAUGGGUAAUACCUUUUUCUUUUAAGCCCAGUAUAUAUAUUAUGCCUGCCUAAGUUCUGAAGUGGGGCUAUAUUUCAGUAGUUGUAGAAUUAUUGAUAUUAAUUAGUUUUGAUAGUUAAUGUUUUAUUGUUUGGAUCUGAACAAUUUGGUUUUUGCACAAAAGUCAUUUUAAUAAACCUGAAUAAUUGCCAAAUAUUAGAAGAAAGAUUUUCUUCAAGUGAAGAAUACAGUUUUUAGUCAAAGCAGCCAUUACCUCUUCCUUUUUUGUAAUAAUACAGACACUUGAAUAAGUUGUUGUGUCAUAUGCCAAGAAAAUUUUUUCAUUGGUGCCUAUACUGUAAUAAUUACUUUUAACACAUUGUAUUUUGAAGUAAUAGUUCAGUUAAAUUUUUCACCUGCUAUGGAACUGAAACUCAAUUACAGUUUAUAAUUUGUAGAGGUCUGGUAAUAAUUUUGAAGCUCGGAUCAUGUAUCAAAUGAAUAUUUUUGUAAAAGUAAAAGCAACAAAUUUUUAAAUUGAUUAUUUGAAACUUUACAGCGCAGCUGCACCGUGGAUAGAAAAUUGUAUUGCUUAUUCAUUAUAGUUAUUAGUCCUGUAAAAUGUUUCUGGGUAAGGAUACUUCAGUGUUUUGGGGGGGGGUUAAAAAUAAAUAUUUAAAUUUCCUGGUC